CUUCGCAAAGCCGGCUCCGGGCACAUGCCAUGGGGGUUAACAGUUACCAAUAUCAUCCAACCAGGGUAGUUUGGAACACCAGACAGCGUCGUUGGCUCCCCUUUGUGACGGUGGUGCAAUUCUUCGAGGGUGUUGGAGUCAGCAGCAGUUGUAGGUUGCAUAAAAAUGAGAGAAAAGCAUUUAGUAUACUGAUAUCCUGGAGCAGAGGGAUAACAGGGUGUACGGUGGAAUUUCGGAAGAAACGGUGUUGUGGGAUACCACUUAUCUACACAAUGACAGUCAGACGGCCCUGUUUGGUGGUAAUAAAAACUGCACAGAACAAACAGAACUGUACGGAACAAAAUCUUCCAACACUGGCAGACCUGGCUAGAUCCAUCGGUUAUGGUGGAAUCGCGGAUAUAUAGGUAUGUACAUUUUGUCAGUUAAUAAGGAGAUACAAGUAUAAGGCUCUAUUUCACUCACCUGGGCACUUAUUCGGUGAAAGCAGCGGUAGUACCCCAAUACUAACCUAUUUACAAUGAUGAAUAUUAUUUUUAACGGUAAUAGAGGAGUGAAAUAGAGUCAGACAGAACGGAUGUAUCCCAUUUAUUAUCGGUGCAUGCCAUAAUAUAACAGUACGGUUGGUUUUUAUUACGGUUGCUAUACAGCGUACUUACUAAUGAUCAGACGGAUGGAACGGUUUUAAAUCCUUCACAUGAAUAUUGGUGAUUUUCUUACCACUGUCAUCUUUCAGGUCAUAAACAACGGGUGAAAUCACUUUCACAACGGUAUACGGACCAGAGAACUUCGGAGCCAACUUGGCUGCAAAGCUAUCAACGUCAGACGACAGCGGAUUAGGACGGCGCAGAACUCUAUCACCGACAUAAAAACGAACUUCUCUUCGACGGAGGUUGUAAUGGUGAGCUUGCUGCUCAAAUGCACGGUACAACCUGGUAUUGACAAACUCAUAGGCCUGCUGAAGAUGA